AUGUUUAGAAAUAAUUAUGAUAAUGAUACAGUCACUUAUUCACCAACAGGACGAUUAUUUCAAGUUGAAUAUGCUUUGGAAGCUAUAAAACAAGGAUCAGCAGCCGUUGGUCUAACUUCAAAAAAUCAUGUUGUAUUAGUUGCAUUAAAACGUAAUGCAGAAGAAUUAGGUUCAUAUCAAAAGAAGAUUAUAAAAAUAGAUUCUCAUAUGGGUGUUGCAUUGGCUGGAUUAGCACCAGAUGCGCGAGUAUUAUCAAAUUACCUCAAGAAGAAAGCCAUGGAAAAUAAAUUAAUAUUUGAUAAGCAAAUUCAAACUUAUAAAGCAGUAUUAUCAAUUGCUGAUAAAGCUCAAGAAAAUACUCAAGGUUUCGGGUCAAGACCUUAUGGUGUUGGAUUAUUAAUUGCUGGUUAUGAUGAAACUGGCUCUCAUUUAUUUGAAUUUCAACCUUCUGGUUCUGUAUUGGAGUAUUUUGGUGCUGCAAUUGGUGCAAGAUCACAAGCUGCAAGAACUUAUUUAGAAAGAAAUUUAGAAAUAAUUCAACAAGAAACUGAAGUGGAAAAAUUAAUUGUACAUGGUUUAAAUGCAUUAAGAGAUACUUUAAGUCAAGAUGUUGAAUUAACUUUUAAAAAUACAACAGUUGCUGUAGUUGGAAAAGAUCAAGAAUUUAUAACAUAUGAUGAUGAAGAUGUGCAACAAUGGUUAGAUAAAUUAGAUUCUGUAUCAAAUGCAAGAAAUAGAGAAGAAGAAACUGAAGAAAAUACUGAAGAAAAUACUCACGAGACUAAUAAUGAGGAUAAUCAAGAUCAUCCAACGAAUGAAGACAGAAUGGAAACAGAUGAAUAG